AUGGCGGCAUCAGCCGCAACAUACAAGGACCGGCAAUUCCUCGCCGUCAUUGGCGAUGAGGACUCUGUCACCGGUCUUUUGCUCGCAGGCAUUGGGCACGUCACCGAACCCCCAGGCUCCCAACGAAACUUCUUAGUCGUCGACUCCAAGACCGAGACCUCGGAGAUUGAACGGGCCUUCCAGAACUUCACUCAGGAGCGGAAAGAUAUCGCCGUCCUACUGAUCAACCAGCACGUCGCAGAGCGCAUCCGCCACAGCGUCGACGCAUUCACCGAACCCUUCCCAGCUGUCCUCGAAAUCCCCAGCAAAGAUCACCCCUACGACCCCGAGAAGGACAGCGUUCUCAAGCGUGUGCGCCGUCUGUUUGGAGAGUAG